AUGCCGCAGAAAAUAUUAAUUUUGUUAGUGAUGGAAUUUGUUUUGUUUUAUGUGAACGGACACGAAGAAAAAUCUAGUUUAGCUUUUGUUAUAGAUAGAACUAGUUCAAUGGGAAAAGAAAUAAAUCAAGUGAAGAUCACCACGGACAAAGUUUUUAAUAAUGUAAUUAAUUCAAAAACAAAUCAUAUAGAUAAUUUUGUUUUAGUCACUUUUGAUGAUCCUAAAGUGCAAGUAUGUACUGUCACCCGAAAUGCAGAAGAAUUCAAAAAUGCUCUAAACAAAAUUGAGCUGGUAACGGGAGGUUAUUGUCCUGAAGCUUCUAUGUCAGGCAUUCAACAAGCACUGGAGAUCACUUAUCCUAACUCAUUUAUAUAUGUAUUUACUGAUGCCUCUGCUAAUGAUUAUACAAAAAUGGAAGUUGUUAAAAGUCUCAGCCAGAAAAAGUCAACUCAGGUGGCUGAAUUUUUUCUAUUAAACUAC